AUGAGAAAUCAAGGGUUUGAUGUCAAACCAAAAUUCCAAAAAGCAUUUUCAGCAACAACAACUGAGCCAAAGUGCAGCCUCACCAGCGUCUGUCCGUCUGACCAUUUAGCAUUAAAAAUCAGUAGCGGUGCAGCCAACGUUGUUGGACCAAAGAUCUGUUUCGAUGGUAAAAUCAUUAUGAGUAAUGUGUUGAAUAAUGUGGGACCAGGACUGAACAUUGUGGUGGUUGAUGGUAAAAAUGGAAAAGUGGAAAAAUUUGGCUACUUGAAUAUGAAUAAUGGAAAAAAAGAAGACAUCCUGGCGUACCUGAAGGAGAUAAAACCUGGAAUGAUUGUCUUGGUGGCCUCUUUUGAGGAUGUGACACCAAAAAUGACAGACGAAAUGAAGGAGGUGUUCGUCAGAAUGGGAAGCACUUUGAUCAAGUCUGUAAAACGUAGAGAUAACUGGGUGUUUGUUGGGAGAGCAGGGACAGAAAGCAAAAGCCUCUUUGAGAAGCAAAGUGUUAAUGAUGAGAAAACCAACAUUUAUGAAGGAUGGCCGGAGAUCGUGGAGAUUGGCGGCUGUAUCCCAAGGACCCAAAACACACCUUAAAGAGCCUUUGUGAUGAAAAGGAGAAUAUGACUUAUUUCAGACUUCCAUGUAAAAAUGAAGCCACUCAAAGAGUGUGAAUAGUUUGACACUC